GCGCUUCCACUGGAAGAAGCGAGGCCUUCCCAGCGUCCGCGCUGCCCCUGGAAACCCGAAAUGCGGAGGGCGGUGCCCCCGCGCUCUCUUUCUCUCCCCCUUCCCUUUUAAAAUUUUGGUCGGAGGAAAGAAAACAGUCUGGCGCCCAGCUGCGUGCGAAGACGAGAAGAGAGGAGAGUGACACACCCUCCCUUUAGCCCGCCCCGCGCCGCGCUGCGCUGGAGGCGGGGGCCCGGCGAGGCUGCGCCCACCGGGAACGCCUUCUCCCCGUCGUCCGGCUCCGAGGAUGGCCCGCUGACUCGGGCGGGAGCGCCGCGCCGGGCGGAAUGAUGCUUCGGAGGGGCCCCUGGCCCUGGCGCGCGCGGCUGCUGCAGACCCCAGGAACCCAAGGCCGAACGCAUCCGCGACCUCCGAUGCCCCAGGUUUUGUGUGUGAAACUGUGUGGAAAUCUGAAAUUCUGUCAAUCAAAUCUUUAUAGUACAGUGGUGCCAUCUGACGAAAUCACAAUUAAUUAUAAACAUGGCCUCCCCUUGAUAACACUUACUUUGCCAUCCAGAAAAGAGCGCUGUCAAUUUGUAGUCAAACCAAUGUUAUCAACAGUUGGUUCAUUCCUUCAGGACCUACAAAAUGAAGAUAAAGGUAUCAAAACGGCUGCCAUCUUCACAGCAGACGGCAGUGAAAUUGCAGCUUCAACCUUGAUGGAAGUCUUGCUAAUGAAUAAUUUUAAACUUGUCAUUAAUAAAAUCACAUACGAUGUACAGUGCCCUAAGAAAGAAAAACUGAGUAGUGAGCACACUACUGAGAUGGAAAACAUGAAAUCCUUGGUUCACAGACUGUUCACAGCCUUGCAUUUAGAAGAGUUUCAGAAAAAGAGAGAGCACCAUCUGCUGGAGAAAAUUGACCACCUGAAGGGACAGCUGCAGCCCCUCGAACAGAUGAAAGCGAGAAUUGAAGCUCGCUCAGAAGUCAAAACCAACGGACUUCUGUGGGCUGGAUUAGCGUUGCUGUCCAUUCAGGGCGGGGCAAUGGCCUGGCUCACUUGGUGGGUGUACUCCUGGGAUAUCAUGGAGCCAGUUACAUACUUCAUCACAUUUUCAAAUUCCAUGGUCUUUUUUGCAUACUUUAUAGUCACUCGACAGGAUUAUACUUACUCAGCUGUUAAGAGUAGGCAGUUUCUUCACUUCUUCCAUAAGAAAUCAAAGCAACAGCAUUUUGAUGUGGUGCAGUACAACAAGUUACAAGAAGAUCUUGCUAAGGCUACUGAAGCCCUGAGACGGGUGCGCCACUCUAUUUGAAUGCAAGUAGAGGAACUCGAUGAAAAGAAGUAAUCUUACAUUUUUAAAUGUCAAUGAAUUUUUCCAUUAUGUGUUCAUUUUGCAACUUAGCAACUGGAACUUUCGUCCCAUAGUUCAUUUGAAUUUGACUGUUUCAA